AUGUCGCGGCCGCCGUCGCCGAUGCUCUCCGUCCCGGAGAAGAAAACCGCCGCCGCCGAGCUCUUCCGCGACCACCACUUCUUCGGCGCCGCGUCCUUCUCCGACAUCCGCGACGCCCGCGCCGCGGUCGCCGUCCCGAACCCGCAGGCCCAGCCACCCGCCUCCCGCCGCGCCCUCCUCCUCCGCUACCACCGGCUCCUCUUCUCCGCGCGCGACGACCCCUGCGCCUUCGACGAGACGUUGUCCUUCACCUGGAACGACGCCUUCCGCCCCCACCUGAAGCACGCGGCCGCCUCCCUCCGCUUCGAGAAGGCCGCCCUCGUGUUCAACGUCGGCGCGGCCGCCUCGAGGAUCGCGGCGGCCGUGAGCCGCGCCACGGAGGAAGGGGUGAGGGCGGCGUGCGGGGAGUUCCAGCGCGCCGCCGGGGCGUUCCGCGCGGUGGGGGAGAUGAUGGAGGAGGAAGAGGUGACGACGGUGGAUAUGAGUUCUCAGGCCUCGGCGAUGCUGGAGCGGCUCAUGCUCGCGCAGGCGCAGGAGUGCUGUUUCGAGCGCGCUCUCGCCGCGGGGAAAUCACCGCCGGUGUGCUCCAAAGUGGCUAGGCAGGCUGCCCUGUACUAUGAAGAAGCUUAUGCUGCACUAGUUGCUCCUCCGCUGCAGAACCACUUUGAAAGAUCAUGGGUAUCCCAUAUCCAAUUGAAGGCUGCUCUGUUCAAUGCAGAAGCUUGCUAUAGGUACAGUAUUGAACUCCAUGGGAAGACAGAAAUUGGUGAGGAGAUAUCUCGAUUGCAGGUCGGAAUUAAGGCACUUGUGGAUGCAAAGCGAACUGCAAGAGGAGCUCCUGGACCCCUGUAUGACUAUGCUUUCAGACUAGAACGAGAUAUGAACAAGAGCAUGGAGACAGCGAAAGAGGAGAAUUAUCGCGUAUAUCUUUUUCGCAUUCCGGCUGCUGAAUCAUUGGCCUCUCUGCCAGCAGCUUCACUCGUCCGUUCUGCAUCCUUGAGUGAGAUCUUAGAUCCAAAGACUGAAUACAGCACUCAAUCUCCAUAA